AUCCAGGGCCAGUGCUCUAUCCACUGUGCCACCUAGCUGCCCCCACAUUAAUGUUUUGAAGACACUUUUUAUUCUAAACUCCUUUCCAUGGAGUGUCCCCCUUAGAUUUCAGGUUUUUCAUCCAGUUCUAACUUCCCUCUCAAUUUUUGGACCAGAUGACCAGAGAAUCAUAGAACUUUGAGCUAGAAGAGACCUUAGAAAUCAUCUAACAUCAUUGCCUUAUUUUGUAGAUGAGGAAACUGAGAGCCAGAGAGAAGUGAUUUGCUUUUGGUGGCACAGCUACUGGAUGGCCAGAAUCCAAACUUGGUUCUUCUGAUUUGAAAUAUCAUGCUCUUUCCACUAUCUUAUGCUGAUGUUUAAGGUUAUUUUGUGGUCAUUUACAUAUCCAAUGUGUAAUCAUACUAUAGAGGAAGCCCCUGAGAUUUUUUAUGUAGAGACUUACUUCUAUUCAGUUUCUGUUUAGGAUUUAAUCUUCAGAACCUGAGGUCAGAGAUACAAAUUCCAUUAACUUGCCUUUUACUAGGUUUCUGACAGUUCGUCUUACCUGAAUACUUCCUCUGUCCCCCCCUACUUCCAAAGCAAAGAGCCUCAGAAGAAACUGUACCAUUUGCUUCUAUGGGAAAGCAUCUUAAAGACACUUUUCAAAAGAUUAGCCUCCUGAAAUCUAGCUUUCACUUGGGAGCUGUUGCCUGUAAAUACGUGGAAGCAUACUAGGCUCUAAAUGCCCCUCAACUCCACCUUAGUGAAGAAUUUCUUCUGGGUAUGGAAUGGGUUCUAGAAAGGCCAAGGAGCUGUCCUACCUUAGGGAAAGAAGGGCUGGCCUAGUGUCUGUAUCUAUUGUCUGAUUGGGGUAAAGUGGAAGUAGUAACUUAGCUCCCAUUUUUAAAGCCUUUUCCUUUUUCCUUAUUACUACCCUAUGCAGUAGUCAUUACAAGUGUCAUUCCCAUUUUAAAGAUGCAGAAACUAGCACAGAGCAGGGAAAUGACUUGCUAGAAGUAUAUCAAAGUCAGGAUUUGAACCUAGUGUCCUUCUGACUAGUCUAGUGUGUAUCCCACUAGACACUAUCUGGAUUUGGAGUCAGGGUAACUGGAUUUAAAUCCUGGAACUUACUGCCUGUGUGAUCUGAGGCAAGUAACUUACUUGGGCCUCAGUUUUCUUAUUUGUCAAAUAAAGGGGAUGAGAACCAGAUGAUCCUUGAGGACCUUUUCAGCUUUAAAUCCUAUGACCCUAUUGUUUUCGUUUGAAUGCAGGUAUACUAUCAUAUUGUGAUUUCUCUCAACAACUUCCUUUUCCCCCCUCUCCCAAUUCUUAUAGAGCAAUUGGCUAUUACUUACCAGGUAAUUCUUAUAUCUUUCCUAUUUCAAGCCCUUAGCAUUCCAGUUCUCCGUAAUUUUCCCCUUCCUGGGCAUUAGAAUGCCUAGAGUCUUGAUUCAAUCUUGAGAGUUGCCAAGUCUGUGCCUUUCCUGACCACAAUAUUCUUCACUCCCUUGGAAAAUAGGAAAUGGAGACACAAAGUGAGUGCAUGACUUGUUGUUUGUCCUCGAAGAGGACCAGUGACAGCAGGGGGAUGAUGUUUUGACUUGCAAGUGAAGUGGAUUCAAGGGAGGCAGAGUUGAGCAAAGCUUCGAAGCUAAGAUGUAUAGCAGUGAACAUCUAUUGCAUCUUUUGGCCACAACCACAGCUACUCAUAAAGACUGUCUAUUCAGGCAUGGAAGGUUUGUGAUCUGCAAUCAGGGGAUGGAGCACCCACACUGAUGAAAUCAUGGAUCUUUUGAAGAUUUGAAGUAAGGGCCCUACAAAAGUUGAAAAUGCAGGCAAGAUGGAACCAGAAUGAGCGUCAGGGCUGAAUCUUGGGUGAGAACUUGGGAAGAUCUUCGAAGUAUCUGAUAUUCACCAGAACCUAGACUAGGAGGUUCUCCCAACUUCUAACCAGUCAGUGCAGACUUGCUGCUUGCUUUGUCAUCGGGAGCGCAAAGACUGGGGAGGCCCUUCCCACAAUGGGCUGGUCUCCUCCUCUGGGGAGAAGCUUCCACCUGACUUUGUGCCAACGAUCGUGCAGAAUCUGCUGGGAGAGAUGCCUCUAUGGAUCUGUCAGAGCUGCCGAAAGAGUGUGGAGGAUGAGGAAAGGAAGGCCCUUCAAGAACAGCCCCUGUCGGUCUCAUUAUCACACACGUCUUGCAAGUCACAGUCUUGUGGGGGUGGCUCCCACUCUUCUUCCUCUUCUUCUUCCUCGUCAUCAUCGUCGUCGUCCUCAUGCCAUGGGAACUCAGGGGACUGGGAUCCCAGCUCGUUCCUGUCUGCACACAAACUCUCAGGCCUCUGGAACUCCCAGCAGGCUGGCGGUACCAUGCAGGGCUCCUCGAUUGGGGGCCCUCCUGCUGCACCUGGUGAGGCCUUCCACUCCUCUGAACAUCACCGGCACUCAGACCUCACCGCCCCCCCCAACAGCCCCACUGGCCAUCCCCAACCACCAGCAUCACUGAUCCCUGCUCACCCAGGACCCUUUGGAUCUCCACCCCAUGCCCACCUAACCCCUACCGCCCAGACAGCACCUUUCCCCACACCUAUCCCCAACAAUCAUGCUCCAGUGCCCAAGACACCUUCUGAGUCACCUGUCGCUGCCGCUGCCAUGGCUGCCCCACAUAGCCCAGCACCAUGUAAGAGCCCUCACCUAUCCUCUGCCAACAUGCCGCUUCUGAAGAUGCCUCCUCCACUCUCAGGGUGUAAUCACCCCUGCAACGGGCACUGCACUGGGUCUCUGGUCCCUCAAGCUGCUUCACAUCAGCUUCCCAGCACUAACAGAGACCCUGGAUGCAAGGGGCACAAGUUUACAAAUGGUACUGGCUGCCACCCACCACAGUCAUGUGAUGCAGAUGAGGGGCUGGGAGAGGAUGAGGACAGCAGCUCAGAACGAAGCUCCUGCACCUCAUCCUCCACUACUCAGAAAGAUGGGAAGUUCUGUGACUGCUGCUACUGCGAGUUCUUCGGACACAACGCGCCCCCCGCUGCCCCGACAAGUCGCAACUACGCUGAGAUCCGAGAGAAGCUGCGCUCACGGCUGACAAAGAGGAAAGAGGAACUGCCCCAGAAGAUGGGCCUGGCAGGGAGUGGCCCAGGCGAACCAGCUGUGGACCAUCGUGAUGUGGAUGAACUCCUGGACUACAUCAACAGUACUGAACCCAAACCCUUCAACAGUGCCAAGGCAGCCAAGCGAGCUCGUCACAAACUGAAGAAGAAGGAGAAAGAGAAAGCCCAGCUAGAAGCCGAGGGCUCUAAGCGUGCCGAUCGAAGCUCUGUGGCUAGUCAGGGUGCAGAGCCAGCCGGGGAGAAACUCUUGGAGUGGCCACAGCUUGAACUGGAGCGGGUCAACAGCUUCCUGACCAGUCGCCUGCAGGAGAUCAAGAACACCAUAAAGGAGUCCAUCCGAGCCAGCUUCAGUGUUUAUGACCUUAAUUUGGAUGUGAAUGACUUUCCUAAAAAGGCAGCCAUGUUGGAGCAGAGGGACCUUCUUUCCCGCCUCAAUGGCUCAUCUGACCUGCAGGAAAUUGGCCUAGAUCUCUCACCUUUGACUUUGGGUUCCUCCCAGAACCACACACUACACUCCCCCAGUGAGCUGGGCCCACCCCAGGAUGAGAGAGUGCCUCUUCCCCCACCUCCCACCACUGAGAAUGGACUACUUAAAAGACUUAGUGCUGUGCCCAACCUCUCCCGGAUGAUCUGGGUUCAGUCCCCUAAGGCUGCUGACUCAGCCCCUGAAGGGCUGGGCCGGAAUGUGAAAGAUGCUGUCUCCAUUAAUGGGCCUGAGCUCCCUGAACCCCCACCUGGAGGAGGGGGGAGGCAAAAGAAGAAUAAGAGGCAAAACAGUCAGACUAAGAAAAGCGAUACAUACGCAAUCCCUGGGCAUCAGGCCAAGCUGGAGAGCCCCCCCACAAAGGGACAGGCUUCAGGAGGCAGGCAGGCAGCCAAGGGCCUGGAGCCCCCAGAAGGGCCCCGUGGGAGCCGGUCUGGACAGAACUGGGCUUGGAGUGCCAAGGCUGAGAAAGGAAGCUUGUGGAGAAGUCGGAAGAGUGAGGCCAAGACGGACCGGCCAGAGCAGGAAUCCGUGCAGCCUCCUGGCCCGGGACAUGGGCCACUCGGGAGCCCAGCUGGGCUGGGGACCUCACCACAGACCAAGGGAAAGCACAGGAAGAACCGGAACAAGAUGGAAAAAUCAACCACCUCUCUGGAUGAUGUGUUCCUGCCCAAGGAUGUGGACGGAGUAGAGAUGGAUGAGACAGACCGGGAAGUGGAAUACUUCAAGAGGUUCUGCCUGGACUCUGCAAAGCAGACGCGUCAAAAAGUGGCUGUGAACUGGACCAACUUCACCCUCAAGAAAAUCACUUCCAGCGCAGCUCAGUGAGCCCCUGCCUGGUCCACACUGAACUAUUCUUCUCCAGAUGGUCGUAGCUCUUGGUAUUGGCUGAAUGUCUGGAGAGAAAGUACUUUCCCUCCCCCCUCCUGCCCUCACGGUGGCUCUGUCAUUCAUACCUGUCCACUUGCCACUUGACCACCUAAGAACCCCUCUCCCCCGGAUGAACCAAAACCUGGAUUGACACUGAGCUGUGAUGGAAACAAACUCUGGAUCUUCGAAAAGCCGAUUUCUGGUGCUAUCCAGCCUCCACAUUUGGGAGCCCGGACUGGGACGGGCUACUCCCCCAGGGCACUGUGGGGCGAAGGAGCUGGUGGAUUUGCCUGCCCAGCGCUUCUCUCUGUGUUUGGUUUUUUUUAUUCUUACUUUUGAUACUGUGAAGAUCUUUCAUGCUGAAAGAUUAAAUGACAUUUGGACACAGGCAGUGUGCACAGUGAUUUGUUCAACAUGCUUAGGAUCAGACCAGGCCAAGGUUUGCUGCAGGCCAAGGCUUGAUGGGCCUUUGUGGGGCCAAGGGGGCAACAGGGGUCCCACCAUCCAUCCUCCCAAUGCUGGGUGUAGGGGUGGGGACCACUGGAUGUCUAAAACCUACUUCAUCUCCAGUGGCUACUUUUGUUUCUUUACCAGCUCUCCUUGGUGUCUACACUACAACAAUCUUGGCCUCCUUUUUCAGCAUUCUCUAAAUGGAGGGGAUUGCUGAACUCUGUGAUGGAGCCACAUGUGUCACCAUGAGUUAAGAGCUGUUAAGAAGCUGGCUGGGGAGUGGGAUGAGAGUGGGGGAUGGGGAGAAGCUCAGAAUCAUUAAAAACACAGCAUGGUUUCUCAAACAAAAUCCAGCCUGCUCUCCUGAAUUCUGGGGUACAGUUCACUGUUAUCUCCUUUCAUUCAUUCAGCAAGCAUACUUAACAGUAAAACAACAACAGAAUCUGCCCCUGCACAUGAGAGAAUGUAAAUUCCUACCAGGAAGAUACGACACUUAUUUAGAUAAUUUUAUACACGAUGUUUGAGGAGGGUGGAACACUGAGAACAAGAGCAGGGGCCCUGACCAUGUUAUCUUGACUGAUAAAUCAGCUCAGCGGGCUGUUGCUGGUCCACAUGGAUAUCAUUCUGGUUAAUGACCAUUUUCCUCAAAAGUGACUUUUUUCAGUGUGGAUAGUUAGACCAGCCUCCUAUCAUUCUGGAUUUUAUUACUGAGGAGCCUUUGCUUCAGCUAAUUAUUGAUGAAGAUUGUUUAGAACUCACCCACUGUCAAAAAAUCCCUUCUGGACUCUGCAGAGGCCACCUCUUUCAUGACACUGUCAAACAGCUAUGGAGAGCAUAGGUCUGUUCUAUAACCUCAAUCAAUAUUAACACUCAGUGAGUCAUUAAACAAAGUUAUGUAAUCUUAUCUCAUUUUAUACA